AUGGCUGCGUCAAAUCCCCUCAGCCCGGACGCCAUCGUGCAGUCCAUGGCCGACGCCCUGCCGACGCACCAAAAGGACGACACCACCUCGGACCUGAGCGGCAGCUACGAGGUCCUCGCGCUCUUUACGCACGCCUGCAUGGUGAACCUGGGCUUCCGCCUGGUCGGGCUCAGCGAGGACCGCAAGAACGAGGCCGAGUGCCAGGAGCUGGCCCCGCGCCUGCCCGCGGCCUGGAACGCCUCGUUCAACGCCUACUCGUUCGUCUACGCCCACACCCAGUCGGCCAUGACCUUCACCAUCAAGAUCGACCGCAUGGGCCAGCGCGCCGAGAUCCGCGGCAUCGCCAGCGACACGGACCGCGUCGUGCGCGUCGACGUCGCCCCCAGGGACUACGUCUCGUCCGCCGCCCUGCCCGUGCGCAUCUCGCUGCUCGACCACGGCGCCGCCGAGGACAGGUCCGACCUUCCCGACAAGCUGCGCGCCGUCUUCGUUUCCAACGAGCGCAUCGCCGACCUCGCCUCGCUCGUCAAGGUCUCCAUCGUCCAGCGCCUCGUCCCGGGCCUCAACAAGCCCGGUUACCAGGAGGACCCGGACGACCGCGCCGCCGAGCACGACGCCCGCCGCACGCAGAGGGAAGCAGGGCCGGCGAACCCCCAUCCCGCCCGGGAUCCACCCCAGCCCCGCAACCCAGCCGCCCUGCCGGACCCGGCACGACCCUAUCCCUUUGAUGACCCGCUCGCCGCCCCGCCCCAGCCCCGCCGCCCAGUCGCCGACUUCCCGCCCCCGGACUUUGAAGACGAGUAUGAGAUAAACCGGCCGCACGGCCGCGGGCCCCUGGUCGGAGUAGGCGACGGCCGGUCUCCGUUCAAUAUUGGCCACGACGACCUCCACCCGCCCGGCCUGGGCCCCCACGACCCCCUGCGACCUUCUUUCGCCGGCGGUCUGCCACGUCCCGGCGGCGGCUUCGGCAGCGGUGGUGGUAUGCAUCCCACGUUUGACGAUCCGCUCUUUGCUGGCCCCCGCGGUGGUCCGGGUGAGGGUGGAAGGUUCGACCCGCAAGUACCGCCGGGGGCACGAUACGAUCCUGUAGGCCCUGGCGAUGAUCUGUUCGGAGGAAGGAGAGGCAAUAGGGGUCCCUUUGGAGGUGGCGGAAGGGGCAACGGAGGCUCGCCUUUUGGCGGUGGCGGCGGAGGUGGAUUCGGAUUCGGUGGUGACAUAAUUUGA